CAAUGUUUUGUUGAGAAAAUCACGCAAAUGGUCUAAUUGGGAGAAAACAAACCCGGCUUUUAAGAUAAAGUGAAAUAAAAUCGUUCAUCAAUGGUGUUGAACCGUUAACAGUGAAUCGUAUAAAGUUAAAUACCCUUAUUUGGGAAGUUAUCAUCCAGCAACAUGGUUACCAGGUGGAUUUUUUCCAGACGGUUCUCUUCACAAAUACAGCCCUCGUUCGUCACCACUCCAAUAUUCUACGUUAACGCAGCUCCACAUAUAGGGCAUCUCUAUUCGUCUGUGAUUGCCGAUGCAAUUCAUCGCUUUAAUAAAAUUACUCGGACGAACGAUUCUGACGAUUGCAUGCUAAGCACUGGAACGGAUGAGCAUGGACUAAAGAUUCAACAAGCCGCCAUUAAGCAUUGUACCUCAACCGAGGAUUAUUGUAUUGCUAUUGCCUCCAAAUAUCGCGCGCUGUUUGAUAGGUUUAAAAUCGACUACACACGUUUUAUUCGAACCACCGACACUGAUCAUCGCAAAGCAGUUCAUGCCUUCUGGAAAUCGUUAGCCGGCUCCGAUAGCAUAUAUACGGCGAACUAUUCUGGCUGGUACUGUGUGCCGGACGAAACAUUCCUCACCGACAGUCAGCUGAAAGUAAAUGAACGUGGCGAAAAAUGUUCCCUGGAAUCAGGACAUGCGGUCGAGUGGACUGAGGAAGAAAACUACAUGUUUCGCCUAGGUCGCUACCAGGACGAUGUGCGACAUUGGGUGAAGGGCCUCGAAGGGCGUCGCAUACAGCCGGACAAAUUUGCUCGCAUACUGCUCGGCUACUUGGAAGAACCUUUGCCUGAUAUUUCUAUCUCGCGUCCAAUGAAUCGUGUAUCCUGGGGCAUUCCUGUGCCAUCGGAUCCAUCGCAAUCGGUGUACGUGUGGCUUGAUGCGCUGGUAAAUUAUCUAACCGUUGCAGGAUAUCCCAACGAAAACUUCCGCGCCCGCUGGCCACCGACUGUGCAAGUUUUGGGGAAAGAUAUUCUUAAAUUUCACGGCAUCUAUUGGCCUGCCUUCUUGAUGGCGGCCAAUUUAGAACCACCGCACCAGCUGCUGGUACACUCGCACUGGACCGUUGAUAAUCAGAAAAUGUCAAAGAGUAAACAGAAUGUGGUGGAUCCGAAUGAACGUGCAGAACUGUACAGCCAUGAAGGUUUGCGCUACUUUCUACUGCGCGAAGGUGUGGCCCACAGCGAUGGAAAUUAUAGUGAUACAAAAAUUCUGCGAGUACUUAAUUCGGAGCUGGCCGAUACACUGGGAAAUCUGCUUUCACGCUGUUGCGGGAAAGCUCUCAACGCUGCAUCUACUUUCCCGGCGAUAGAUUUGGAGGCUUUUGAAGCGUUGAAGGAAGUUGAUGCUACAAAACGGAUGCUGGAAGCACUGGAAGAAAUGCCAGACAAAACAUUAGGCCACUAUAGAAAUUUCAACUUUUACCUCGUAGUUGAUACAGUCGUCCAUCUACUGCACACUGUGAACAAUUUCUUCGAAACUACUGCGCCGUGGAAAUUGAAGAAAAGUGAUAACCCGGCAGAUCGUGCGAAACUGAACACGAUACUUUCCAUUACAAUGGAGGUGUUGCGCCAGGCAGGAAUCGUUAUGCAACCGAUCGUGCCUAGGCUUUCCAUGCAGUUACUGGAUAAAUUACAAAUUUCUUACUCCGCACGCACUUGGAAUGAUCUGACGUUAUGUCUCCGCACUCUGGAAACUCCGUUGGGUGAAGAUAACAGCAUACUUUUCCGGCGUAUUGUACCACCAGCCCAAACGGCUGACGAAAUGAGUCUACCAGAAAAACAUGUACCACGAAAAAAACGGAAACAGUCGUCAUGAAAAGAUUGAUAUAAAAGCAAGCUGGAAUAAA